UAGAGGAGGACACUCCUACAGAGAUCAGCACAGGACACGCCAUGGAGAAACCAUCAAAGGAUCGUCUCGCUUUAUCUCCAGGUUGUAAAAUGGAAGAUGAGGACAUCACAGGAGAUUGUGGAGGAGAAAAGACAUUGAUCUCCACUAUGGAUGGAGGACUUCACAGUGUGGAUAGACCAUGGAAUCCCUCCGAUUCUGAGGAACCUCGUACUCUGAGGGGUGGUGCCGGGAUUCAGGGGGAGGGGAAAUUUCCCUGUCCCGUUUCUGGGGAAAGUUCUAGCUCUGAACUUAGACCUCACAGAUCUCACAUGGGUGCAAAGCUUUAUUCUUGUCAUGAAUGUGGGAAAACUUUUUCACAGGUGUCCAAUCUUUACAGACAUCUGAGAUUACACACGGGCGAGAAGCCGUAUUCCUGCCCUGAGUGCGGGAAAUGUUUUUCACAGAAGUUCCAUCUUUUCACACAUCAGAAGUCUCACACGGGUGAGAAGCCGUAUUCCUGCUCCGAGUGCGGAAAAUGUUUUACACAGAAAUCAGUACUUGUUAUACAUCAGAGAUCCCACACGGGGGAAAAGCCAUAUUCCUGCCCCGAGUGCGAGAAACGUUGUUCAAAUAAAUCGGACCUUGUUAAACAUCAGAGAUCUCACACGGGGGAGAAAUUGCAUUCCUGCCCUGAGUGCGGGAAAUGUUUUUCCGAAAGGUCCAGUCUUUCCAGACAUCAGAGGUCUCACACUGGCGAGAAGCCCCAUGCCUGUCCAGAGUGUGGGAAAUGUUAUAUGCAUAAAACAGACCUUGUUAAACACCAGAGAUCUCACACUGGGGAGAAGCCGUAUUCCUGCCCAGAGUGCGGAAAAACAUUUUCAGGGAAGUUCAGUCUUUCCAGACACCAGAGAUCCCACAAUGGCGAGAAGCCCUAUACCUGUUCAGAGUGCGGGAAAUGUUAUAUGCAUAAAACAAACCUUCUUAAACAUCAAAGUUCUCACAUAGGGGAGGGGCCAUUUUUCAGAGGUGAAGAUCUGAUUAUCGUAAAAGUUGAGGGUGAAGGAGAAGAGACGUAUGAGAAACCCUCAAAGGAUCGUCUCACUUUAUCUCCAGGUUGUAAAAUGGAAGAUGAGGACAUCACAGGAGAUUGUGCAGGAGAAAUGAUAAUUACCUCAACUAAAUACGGUGGACUUCUCAGUGUGCAUAGACUAUGGAAUCCCUCUAAGCAACCUUGUACUGUGAGGGGUGGUGCCGGAAUUCAGGGGGAGGAGAUAUGUACCUGGCCUAAAUGUGGGGAAAGUUUUAGCUCCGAAUUCAGUCUUACUGUACAUCAGAGAUCUCACAUGGGGAAGAAGCUUCAUUCCUGCCCUGAGUGUGGGAAAUGUUUUCCACGGAAAUCAGAACUUGUUAAACAUCAAAGAACUCACACGGGUGAGAAGCCGUAUUCCUGCCCUGAGUGCGGGAAAUGUUUUUCAGAGAACUCCCAUCUUUACAGACAUCAGAGACUGCACACAGGAGAGAAGCCGUAUUCCUGUUCCGAAUGUGGGAAAUGUUUUUCAGAGAAGACCUCUCUUUCCAGACAUGAGCGGUUGCACACGUCGGAGAAGCCUUUUUCCUGCCUUGAGUGUGGGAAAAGUUACACACAGAAAUCACAACUUAUUGUACAUGAAAGAUCUCACACAGGGGAGAGGCCGUAUUCCUGCCCUGACUGUGGACAAUGUUAUGCGCUAAAAUCGACGCUUAUCAGACAUCAAAAGUCGCACAUUGGUGGGAAGCCGUAUUCCUGCCCUGAGUGCGAGAAAUCUUUUUUUCAGAAGUCCUCUCUUCUUGUACAUCAGCGUUCCCACACAGGCGAGAAGAUGUAUUCCUGCUCUGAGUGCGGGAAAAGCUAUCCAUGGAAAUCGCAUCUCGUUACACAUCAGAGGUCCCACACGGGGGAGAAGCCGUAUUCCUGCCUUGAGUGCGGGAAAUGUUAUCCACGGCGAUCAGAGCUCGUCAUACAUCAACGAUCUCACACGGGGGAGAAACCGUAUUCCUGUUUUGAGUGCGGGAAAUGUUUUUCGGAGAAGUCCUAUCUUCACAGACAUCAUAGAAAUCACACGGGGGAGAAGAUGUAUUCUUGCCCUGAGUGCGGGAAGUGUUACAACAAUAAAUCAGACCUUAAUCGACAUCAGAGGUCCCACACGGGGGAGAAGCCGUUUUCCUGCCCUGAGUGUGGGAAAUGUUUUUCACAGAAGUCCCACCUUUCCAGUCAUCUAAACUCCCACACAACGGGGGCGUGGCAACCUCCAGCCGCGAUUGAGAACAGCUCCUGUGAGAGCCCCAAUGAUCCCCUUCCAAUCUAUGGACAGACUGGUUCAUUGGCCACCAUAAACCAUACAGGUGUGGUGGACCAUGCACAGCUUAUUCACGAGGAAGAAUCGGCGUUAAUAGGCAACUGAGCGUCUUAAAAUGUUUGCAUGACCGGACCUCCAUGAGGUAGGCCGGAGGGACCUUGUCCUGAGGAAAGCCAGGCAGAAAACUUGAAGAUGCGACCAUUGCCAUUUUUUCAUCAUUUCUUAAUGAAGUUACGAAAGUAGAGAACCUUGUUUGUAGAGUUUAAACUCAAGUUCUGAGAAAAAAAGGUUUGGUAAGGUCCAAGAGACUACCUGUCCUGGACAAUGGGAAACCAUCCUUCUUUACCACCCAUGGACUGGCUAAUCAGAGUCCUACAUGGCCAUUCCAACAAGGGGUGGAAUGGAACUAAUCAGAGUCCUACUUGGCCAUUCCAUCCCUUGUUGGAUCUUAUAAACCCCAUCAGAUAUCUCAUACCACGAAUCAAAGGGUUAGCUUUCAUCCAUGAAGUAUAGGGCACAUACUGAGCAAAAGUAUCAAAUAACUCAAC